AUGCAUCUCCGAACCUGCACCACCAUCGCGGCGGUAACCACCACCGUCUCCGCGCUUGCUGCUCCUCCCCAUGGCCACCAAGCAGUCGCGGUCAUCGGCCCCGAAGUCACUCAACCCCCAUCUAUCCGUGCCUUCCGCCCUGAACCGCGUCCCAAAGUCGUCAACGCCGCCAUCAAGAAACGCGACUCGGACGACGACGAGAUUCCCGAUGCCGAUGACAUCGACGUCCCAUCCGAUGGGACGGACGGCUACGGCUACCCGGCCUAUCUCUCCACCUCUUUAAAGCCUCUGUACACCUCGUGCGCCCUGGCCUACGAAUCGCUCAUAACCUCGGCGCCCCAGCCGACUGGCAAGCUCGAAGACUGGAUGGAGGACGCCCUCGACGACGACAUGGCCUGGAUGUCGGCAAGCACCUCUGACGACCCCUACAGGUACGCCUGCGGGACAUUCAAGAACCCCCUGACGCCGCCGGCCAGCUUGGCCUCGAGCUACUCGGCCUUUACCUCGGCGACCGCCAGCUACCUGUCAGCCCGCCAGCCCGAGGUCACAAGCCUGGAGAAGGCGUGCUCGGCCGUUUAUUACGAUGUUGUGUUCUCCAUGCUGAUGCCGUAUACCAACUACGAGCAGUGCACGAGCAGGUGGCAGCCUUAUUAUAGCGUUUAUCAUAGCUUGGCGUGCGAGGAGAAUACCCACAAUUGUGAUGGGUUGACGGACGAUUUGACGCCGAAGACGACGGGUGCGGGUGCGGGUAAUGCGGGCGAUGCGACGACGACGGCGGCGGCCGCUUCGAGUGCGACUGGUGCUAGUAGUGAAAGUGGUGGCGCCGCCGCUGGUGCCUCGUCGACUUCGGCUUCGGGGAAUGCGGGCGCUCCUAAGCAGACUUUUGCUGCGGCUGCGGCGUUGGCUGGGUUUGUCGCUGCUGUUGCGGCGCUCUAG